AUGCUCAUCAUCGGCGCAGGCCCUGCUGGGGCUUCACUGGCGUGUUUCCUCGCAUCAUACGGGCUGAAGGGAAUCAUGAUCAGCGCAAGUCCCGGGACCGCAGAUACUCCGCGGGCUCACAUUACGAACAUGGCCGCUCUGGAAUGUCUCCGAGAUAUCGGCUUGGACAAGGAACUUCAAGCGAUUGCGACGCAAGGUCAUUGCAUGCAACACACGCGUUGGUGUUACAGCAUGGCUGGCGAAGAGUUUGCGCGUAUUCCUUCAUGGGGGAGCGAUCCCAGAAGAAAGGGUGACUACGAACUCGCGAGUCCUUGUGACCCCGUCGACAUACCGCAAACCGCAUUAGAGCCAAUAUUGGUUCGACAUGCAGCCCAACAUGGCUUCAUUCAAGGAAUCCUCCCCGAAGGGCGGUACCUAGCCACCGUCUGGGACAUGGUCUCCAAAACCCACUACACCAUCCGGACAAAAUACAUCUUUGGCGCAGACGGCGCCCGAAGUCUCGUCGCAAAGACCCUCCAACUACCUCUAGUAGCAAAACCGGGAGGUGGCCUGGCCAUCAACGUCCUGGUCAAAGCCGACCUCUCUCAUCUGAUGGACCAUCGGAAGGGCAAUCUGCAUUGGUUAAUGCAGCCCGGUGUCGAUCACCCCAGCUUCGGCUGGAUGGGUAUCGCGAGGAUGGUGAAGCCGUGGUUUGAGUGGAUGUUCAUUCUGUUCCCGACCAAGGAGUUUGAUGCGUCGGCUGAAGUCACGGAAGAGGCGUACAAGCAACGCGUUAAAGAGUUCAUCGGUGACGACACCGAAGUCGAGGUUCUCUCCGUCUCAAAGUGGUUCGUCAACGACAUUGUUGCCGAGAGAUACUCGGACGGGAACGUAUUCUGCCUCGGUGACGCAGUCCACCGCCACCCCCCAAUGAACGGCCUCGGCUCAAACACCUGCAUCCAAGACGCCUUCAAUCUAGCCUGGAAAAUCGCCCACGUCGAAAAGGGCUCCGCCAGCACCGCCCUUCUCGACACCUACAGCGUCGAGCGGCAGCCCGUAGGUCUCGGGAUCGUGGCCCGCGCCAACGAGGCCUUCCGGGACCACUACGCCGUGUGGGAGUCCUUAGGCAUGCUGGAGAAGACGGCAGAGGGACGGAGUGCAAUCUUUGAGCAGCUCUCGCACACGACGAGCGAGGGCCGGGAAAAGCGCCGCGCGUUCCGUGAGGCUAUUGGCCGGACAGCUCAUGAGUUUCAUGGUCUUGGUGUGGAGAUGAACCAGCUUUAUUCCGGGCCGGCGAUCUAUGCUGAGGAUGAAGAUGGGCCGUAUGUGCCUUCGCCGCAGGAAGCUGAGGAUCCUGUUGCGUAUUACGGUCCUGGCACGUACCCGGGCCGCCGAGUACCUCAUGUUUGGUUGAACAGGGCGGUUCCGAAGGAGCCUGUGUCGACUAUUGACCUGACUGGCAAGGGUGGCUUUGCCAUCUUCACAGGCCCAGGCGGAGGUCUUUGGCGCGAGGCGGCUGCUGCGGUUGCGGCGAAGCUGGGUUGCGAGAUCAGGGUCCAUUCUAUUGGUUUCCGCCAGGACUGGGAGGAUGUUUACUAUGAGUGGGAGCGCCUUCGAGGGGUUGAGGAGUCAGGUAUUGUCCUCGUUCGGCCGGACCGCUUUGUGGCGUGGAGGCAGAGCGAGGUAUCCACUGACUUGGGGACGUGUGUUCAGAAGCUUCUGCAGGUGACGAAGACCGUUUUGCUCCACAUCGGGGCACCACCCGACUUACGCGCGCUCCACGUCCCAAUAGGAGACCUGGGCGCCGUUCUGCUCCCUCUGGUCUUGGCUACUUGCAGAUUUUCACUCUGCCACGCCUUGGCUGUCUACUUUCUUGCCAAAGCCUAUCUCACAAUGAAUAUAGUGUAGGAGAGCGAAAGGGAUGAAGGAGAGAUAGAAAAGGGACCGGAAGCUACUCAAUUCUCACUGUGGCCAUAAAAUGUCCCAUUCUCUUUCGUAGUUUUCACGGCCGCUGUCUUUGCGGCAAUUCUUACGAGCAUUGUGGCUAUUUGGGACUUAGAAAGCCGAUCGUGAUCACUGCUACAUUUUACUUUCACGAAAUCGGGUUCCUUUUAUAUGUGUGUGCUCCCUGAAGUACUGAUACAUCACAUGAAGAUAAGUGAC